GUUAUUCAGCACCCAAAAAAAUGAUUGUUAAUGACAAAGAAGAAGCACAUCAAUUUAUGAGUUUUAACGUAAAAGUGUUAAAAAUGUUAAACCUUUGGUUGGAUGAUGGAAAUUUAGAUGAGUUGAAAUGGAGAAGUUGGAAAACAUAUUCGAUUUAUAUUUUCUUACUCCCCAGUUUAAUUCCGUUAUUUCUAGAAGUCAUUUUUGUUUUUACUGAACCUGAAGCGGAUAUCGUAAUAAUUUUUCAAGUGAUAUUAGCUGCCGUUUGCGUUGCCGGAAGUAUGUACAUGACAGUGUGCUUCUUAUCUAAUCGAAAAACCAUAAAAGUAAUCAUCAAUUCAAUCGGAAAUUUUCAAAAAUUUACUAAAAUAUCCAACACAACAAAUAAUAAUUUAAUUGAAAGCGAUAAAAAAAUAUCUUUUUUCUCGAAGGCUUUCAUGAUUUACACCAUUUUGGGGAUGUUAAUUUAUGUAACAGCACCCACCUUAAAUUUAAGUAAAUGUGAGAAGAACAAACCGUUUUACAUGAAAAACUUAGGUAUUCCUUGUGGUGUUAUUGUCCGAUUUCGAUUACCCUUUCGAUACGAUUCGUGGCCAGUUUUUCACUUUUAUGUAAUACAUCAAUUUUUAACGGCCGGAAUGGCAAGUUUGGUCAUUGUUAAUUCGACCGUUUUAAUUUCCGGUUUAUUAAGACACGCCGUUAUACAAUUGAAACAAUUAAAAGAGGAUGUUUUAAAUAUUUCUGAAAAUGAUAAAUUCAUAAUGAAGGAUAAAUUGAAAUUUUGCGUUAAAUACCACCACGAAAUUAUUAAUUUUAUAGAUGAUAUAAAUCGAGCUUUUGGAAGUCAACUUGUGGUAUACGUUACAUUAACAUCAUUGGUAAUAAGCGUUUUGGGAUUUGAAAUUCUUAUGGAACAAGAUUUGUUUGAAUCUAUGCGAUAUUCUAUGCAUUUAUCAGGAUGGUUUAUCUUGUUGUACACGAUAUGUUUGAACGGGCAGUAUGUAUUAGAUGAGAGUCUUGAAAUCUCAGCUGCAGCUUAUAACACUAAUUGGUACGAAUGCCCUGUAGAGAUUCAAAGAGAUAUCUCGUUAAUAAUGGUUAGAGGACAAAAACCUUUAACUUUGAACGCAUUAAAUUUGGGAAAUCUAUCGAAAAUAACAUUUUUAAAAGUUUUAAGCUCGUCUUAUUCUUAUUUCACUCUUUUUGUAAAUGUAAAAGGAAGAUCUAGAUAAAUAAAUCUAAAUUAUCAAGAUUAUUUAUGUAAAAUAUUUAUAGGCACUGCUUAUAUAUUCUUAGGACUGGAAAAUAUUUCAGCUACUGGAUUGUAGAAUGUUAGAAAAGUCUAGAUACAGUAAAAUAUCUCAACACAAAAUUAUUUUUAAUAAAACGUUUUGAUUUAC